GCUUUGGAAGCUUUCCUUGCCGAUGUGAGCUGCAAAGAGCUGCGGCUGCCGCCUCUGGAUCCCGAGCAGCGCAAACAGGCGAAGAAGCUGGCGGAGAAGUAUCCGGAGAUCAAGUGCGAGAGCUAUGGCUUCGGGGAGGAACGUAGACUGCAUCUCUUCAAGUCCUCUGCAUCUCUGAAAGCCGGCCUGGCAAAGGAAGGUUCGAGGGAAGGGGCGAGAGCGGAGUGUGCUUCGGAUCAGUCAACAGCCGUUUCAGGAGCAACUUCACCCGACUCUGCAGAGGACGCUUCUGGCGGCGUCUUUGAGGACGUCGCGGCACUGCCAUCCAAUCUUUACCAGGUGAGGAACACUUUCAUCCACAUAGAG